ACUUGCCCUUCACCAGUGACCAAAAGCCACUCCCGCACGGCAAUCAAGCAUGACUACAUUAUUACCACCUGCCUGUCCACCGCUCUCUUCAACUCCUCUCUCCGCGUCGCAGCCUCUACGAUCGUCCGGCCCCGGCAGCGCCAAUGGCACAGCCUGCGAGCUAGGCAAUCGCGACGACUCCAGCCCACCGCAACAUCGCUCGCUUCCGGUUUCGCCCUGAACCAAGAAGGGCCACUGGCUGCCGCUCCUAGCCCUCACAUCCUCUCCCUCCUUCCUCUGCCAGGAUCAGGCCGGCGGCGAGCGAGGCACGCUCGCCCAGAGUUGUGCCUCGAGCAAGCACAAUGGCCGCCUUUGUCCCAACCUCCAAAGACGAGCUCUACAGCUGGCUGACGAGGUUCAACAAGACUAUGGAUUCACUAGACAUCACAAGGCUUGGCAGCAUCUUUACCAAGCAGGUCCGCAUACAGUUCGCCGAAGUCCCCAUCAUGGAGGGCCUCGAGGCAACUCAGGCGUACUUCAAGUCUCUCUGGUGUAAUCUGGAGAGCAUGGAGCACGAGAUAGAUUCCUAUGACAUGACUGAAAAUCGCAUAUAUCAGCCGUGCCACAUCACAUGGCGGUUGCAUGGCGAUGAUGAGCACGAAGAGAUCACAGUAAGGGCCCUCUCCAUACUCCGCAUCACCACGGAGGGCCCAGAGACCGGGCUCGUGUAUGAUGCUCGGUUCUACCUCGAUGCCGCGCCGCUCAUGUCGGCUCUGGCUCGGGUUGCACGAGCCGAGGCGGGGCUUCACGGCGUAGACGAAAUGGACUGCCACGGCUGAAGAGGCCAGACAUGUCAGAUGCGCCCAAAGGGCAGCCAGGCAGCUGAAAGCCCCCAUGCGUGGGAAAGGUGAGCUUGAGCAACGGUUGGCAGCCGGCGAUCACCAGUGAGCAGGGCAACCCCUCAUGUCGCAUUGCAAGCGACCCCUCGUUCUGGAUCUGCAGCGGGAGCGCGGGCGUGGGGGGGUGACGAGGGAGAGACGGGAACAAGGAUGACCUUGGAGAAUGAAUGGAGGCGUGGCCAAUACCCAACGAUACCAUAGCAACGCUCAGCACGAAUGAACCAACCGCCUUUUUGGGCCCAGCCUUUGCAGGCAAGGUGCAUGUGCGCAUCAGAAGCCGCGUGCCUGCUGGACUGUCGCCACGCAUGCCAUC